AUGCGAAUGGCUUCACUUGCUUAUGACUAUACUGUGGUUGAGGGCAAUAUGUUAACGGAGUGGGUCGAACUCAUUUCGCUGUGUGAUCGUGUAAUGUUCCUCACGCUGGAUCAGGAAACGUGCCGUCGUCGGCGUAGGAGACGCAGUUAUGACCCCCCAGACAUGCCGGGUUAUUUCGAUGAAGUCGUAUGGCCAUCGUAUCAACGACAUCUGCAGAGAGCUCUACUGUUUGCUAGGAAAAGUUGCCGAAUUUCGUUUUAUGACGUCACCACGGAUUCGGACCGUCCUGAUCCAGAAUUUAUGACUUCGGCA